AAAUUCAUUAAAUAAACAGAAACGUGGAUGUGUAGCCUGAAUAUUGUCAAAAUCGGUCUCAAGUGUAAAAAUAAUAUUCCAUAUCUCUGAGCAACAGUGUAUGUUAAGUAUACAGGUUUGUCUGACAUAGAUACUGACAUCUCCCUUGGAGCCUUAGUUCAGAGUUCUAACCUGGAAUUUUUGAUCAAGCAGUCCAGAUACGACCAAGUAGAACUGCAGGAACUGUACAGCCACUGUGAUCCAACAUGUCUAUGCCUAAACCUAUAGAAAACCCGGAGGUGAAAUUCACAAAGAUCUUCAUCAACAACGAAUGGGUUGAUUCUGAGAGUGGGAAGACAUUUGCAACCAUCAACCCAUGUACUGGAGAGAAGAUCGCAGAUGUACAAGAAGGUGACAAGGUCGAUGCCAACAAGGCCGUUGCGGCAGCCAAGAAGGCUUUUGAACUUGGAUCAGAAUGGCGGACGAUGGAUGCAUCUAAAAGGGGAAGACUGCUGAAUAAACUUGCUGACCUCUUAGAAGAGGACUUGGCGUAUGCUGCGAGUUUGGAAACCCUUGACAAUGGUAAACCGUUUACCAUGUCUUACCAUGUGGAUUGCACGGGUGCUGUAAAGGAAUUGAGAUACAUGGCAGGCUGGUCUGACAAGAUUGUAGGACAAACCAUCCCAGUCGAUGGUGAUUUCUUCUGCUAUACAAGACAUGAGCCUAUUGGGGUCGUCGGGGCUAUCAUACCAUGGAAUUUCCCUCUCUACAUCUUGACACAAAAGCUAGGACCUAUCUUGGCUGCAGGCUGUACAGUAGUAGUAAAGCCAGCAGAACAGACUCCAUUAACGGCGCUUUACUUGGCGUCCCUCAUUAAAAAGGCUGGGUUCCCUCCAGGGGUAGUGAACAUCGUGCCUGGAUAUGGUCCUUCUGCUGGUGCAACUCUCUCUGAACACUUGGACGUUGACAAAAUAUCCUUCACCGGUUCAACAGAAGUAGGACAACUGGUUAUGCAAGCUGCUGGUAGAACUAAUUUGAAAGGAGUAGCAUUAGAAUGUGGUGGGAAAAGCCCUAACAUUGUAUUUGCUGAUUGUGACAUGGACUACGCAGUUGAAAUGAGUCACAAUGCCCAGUUCUUCAAUAUGGGACAGGUGUGCUGUGCUGGUUCAAGAACUUUUGUACAGGAGGACAUUUAUGAUUCGUUUGUGGAGAAGAGCGUUGCCAGAGCAAAGAAGCGCACGAUUGGCAACCCAUUCGACCCUACAACAGAGUCUGGUCCCCAGAUUGAUGACAUUCAGUAUGAAAAGAUCUUAGAGUUGAUUGAGAGUGGAAAGAAGGAGGGUGCUAAGCUAGAAUGUGGAGGGGGCAAGAAAGGAGAUAAGGGCUAUUUUAUAGAGUCCACUGUCUUCUCAAAUGUCACAGAUGACAUGAGGAUUGCCAAAGAAGAGAUUUUUGGACCAGUUCAACAGAUAAUCAAGUUCAAGGAUAUUAAAGAAGUUAUACCUCGUGCGAACAAAACGACAUAUGGAUUGGCAUCAGGCGUGUUCACCAAGGAUAUUGAUAAAGCUUUAAUGAUUGCAAACGCCAUGCAAGCUGGCACCGUUUGGGUGAAUACAUUCCUUGCUGGUGGUGGAGCACAUGCUCCGUUUGGAGGUUACAAGAUGUCCGGUGUAGGAAGAGAACAAGGAAGUUAUGGAGUAGAUGAAUAUCUUGAAAUCAAAACCGUGGUUGUCAAGAUUCCACAAAAGAACUCGUAAGACCUGAUCAAACACAAUUGAACAACGACCGGAUGAUGUUACACUCUCUUCACAUUUUAAUCUCAUGUUAUGGUUGGAGAUGUCUUACAGCUAAAUAUCAACAAUUGUAGAAUGAUAUCUAGAACAUACAUCUAGAAAAUUCAAAAGACAAUAGUUUUACCAUGAAAUAUCAUCUCUUCCUUUGCAGAACACGUUCUUUAUCUUCCGCAGCGCAACAAAUCAUCUUAUAUUGGCUUGGACCUUGUAUUUGGGUUAUCCACAGUAAUAAACAGAUUCUGAAUCACGUUGUCAACGUUAACUUUAUGUUUACUAUAGUUAUAUUGUGAUAUCUUCAAACAUUAAAAGUUUUGCAUUAACUAUUUUAUAUGAUGAUUGAAUAAAGAAAUAUUUUGAAAUAU